UCAAAUUUAGUUAUAAAUUUCUGCCAAAAUGCAUUCUGCGACGUCUUUGCUAAAAAAAAACAAUAUGUGUAAAUUAAUUGGUUUAUGUGAAAGUUAUAGCGUUUACAAAUGGCGGGAAAGAUACUGGGAUUUUUAGGGUUUUUUUUAUACUAAUAAUGGCGGCAAUCAGCGACUUCCGCAGCUGUGAUCGGCGGGACAACACUGAUCACUGUAUUGGUGUCAAUGGGGAUGUCAGUGACACCAAGUCAGUUCCCCCCCAGUGUCAGAAUGCAGUCCCACUA